UGCAAGAUUCUCGGGCAGUGAUGUUGGGAUACUGACUACAACCGUCGGCGAGUAAACUAGGAUUUCUAGUCUGAUCCAUCGUUUGUGGACUGGUUUUUUCUUUAAACCAAUCACGUUCAUAACAAGUCAUUAUUAAGGUGCGUUGGAGGGGGAACACCGAAGUAUUAAGCUAUUGAUGGGACUUGUCGACCUUUUGAUGAGGUGAACGGUCUACUGAACAGAGCUGCCAGAAGAUGUUGAGGCUUAAUUACAGGAGAUUCCAAGAAUAUGUUCAUCUUGCAUCACCUUGUUUCUCUAGAAAAAUUUCAUCUUCAAAGAGCUGCCUCAACAGGGAUAAUGGCGAAUGGGUUUGCAAACUGGGCGAUGAUGAAAAAAUGUUCGUUUAUGGACACCAAGCAGGGUAUAGACACACGGUUGGGCAUUUCACCAUAAAUUCCCGGAAGCCCAUUUCUGCAGAUAUUAUGAGACGUGCUCUGAAGCACUUGCACAGGAAAUUCCCUCCUUAUCACAUCAGAAUUAGAGAACGAGAUGGUGAACUUUGGUUCUUCAAAUCUGAUGGCCAGGUUGAGCUUGAUUUCAAGGUGCGUGAGAUAGGAACACCGAAGUAUCAAGCUAUUGACGAGGUUUGUCGACCUUUUGAUGAAGUGAAUGGUCCAAUAUGCAGGCAUGAAUUUAUUCCAGCUGAUAAAAAUGACCCUUGCUUGUUUCCUGACCUGAAGACGGAAUACCCUUAUCAGUAUUAUUUACUAGAUUGUCCACACCAUGCAGUUACUGAUGGAUUUUCGAAUAAUAUGUUUACUAGUCAACUACUAAAUAUCGUUCGUACUCUCUUGGCGGGUAUAGAAUGGACUGAUCACUCUCCAGUAGGUGAGUACAUUUCCAAUGAAGAAUGUCUGCGUAUGUACGAGCAAUGUGCAAAAGAACUUCUUCAAAAUCCCGAGGAGCUGACACGCGUUACGAAUGAGGUUUCGAGAACAAACAAGAAGCCGCUCCUUUUCGAGGCCUUUCCUCCUCCGCAGGCAGAAAUACCUCGUACCCGACAUAUUAUGACGGAAUUUGAUGAAACAUCUGUCAAGAAAAUCUCGGGAAGGUGCAAGGAGAGAGGAAUCACUUUUGGAAAUGUCUUUCAAGGCAUUACAACAACUGCCUUGGUAGAGUUGGUGCAAGAAGCUGGCGUGAGGAAAGAUAGUUACGACAUCAGCGUAUUGUACAGUGUUGACCUGCGCCGUUACAUGAAGAAACAAACCAAACCGAUUUUGGGACUACACGUAAGGAAAAUGUCCGCAGCAUAUUCAGUCGAUGGAAAUGUCAGGGAUCAGUUCUGGAGUAACUGCACUAAGAUUCAAUUGCAGAACCAAGAGCUCCUCAAAAGCAAGUCCAUAAUCAAGCAAGGAGUUGUUCGUCAAUUACAUUUUCCACAAACACCACCUGAGGAUUUCUUCAUCUCUAAGCCUGAGAUAACAGCGGAUUUUCAGUACAAUAACAUGGGGAAUUUGGGAGACCUUGGCAACAAUGAACAAAUAAUUUUUACAAAUGCGGGAAAUUACUUCCAAAUACAUCUUUCUACGUAUCCAUUUUAUCAUCAGCUGCUCACUUUUAAGGGAAGAGCGAUAAGCAAUUUCAGUUAUGCUACGGAUCUAGUGACGGAUCAGACAGCUGUAGCUCUUGUCGAGAAAAUGAAAUGCCUUUUAAAAUAUUUCAGUGAAUAACAUGACAUGUUUGGGUAAUUCUCGGAUGUAAUGAUUCUAGGGAUGUUUUUUACUGUACGUUUUGUUUACAUGAUAUAUGAUAGUAUAUACUUGAAAUUGAGGGUUAUGGAAUUUAGGCUAAGCACUGGAACACUUGGACCACUCAGUGCUUAAAGCAAUGCAAAGAAGGAGUUGGCUUAUUUUGACAGCAACAUAAAAAGGUCCACAACAUAAAGAUGACGUACGAAGACCCAAAUCUGUAACUGGGAGAAAAUUGUUAUAAAUGUUGCUUAGUUAUAAGUUAAAGGGCAGGAGAUUGUCUUUCACGUGUCAACUCAAGAUGUUAUUUAACUAGUGAAAAGUGAAUAUGUUCACAUCUUGAGUAUUGCUAUGUAUAUACACUCAUUGUAAUUUUGUUUUCAUGUUUGUUACUGAUUCCCGAUUUAACUCCCUCAAACUACCUCACAGACUAUGAUUUUGUGAGUUUUACAUCGUGUAAUAGGAUGCCCUUUCUUAUUGUUUGCUUAGCUCUGAUGCUCAUAUGUUUUGAGUUGUGUCGUUUACACGAUCAUGAGCUUGUAUUGUAAUCAUCAUAAUAAACUACUGAUGAAGACUCCCUUUAAUUUUCCACCUACAUCCCAGAUAUCGUGGCGACAAGAUGGAUUAGGCAAUCAACAACUCUGGUAAACAUUAAAAGGAGUCAAUGGUUUUCAUAAUGUGUAACUGGUAUAAGCCAACUUUGAA